UAUUGUUGUGCACGUAGCUAGAAUGGCUAUGGAGAAAACGCUACGUCCAUUUUUCUUGCUGGCCUUUGCUCUGCUUGCUUCUCUGUCUUCUGCAGCCUUAGUUGAGCAUACAUUCCAUGUUGGGAACUUGAGUGUCCAUCGACUGUGCCAGGAACAAACAAUAAUUGCAGUGAACGGGAGCUUGCCUGGCCCGACCAUUCGGGUUAGGGAAGGUGACACACUCGUGGUUCAUGUCGUUAACAAGUCACCCUACAAUCUCACCAUUCACUGGCAUGGCGUGUUUCAACUACUCAGUGGAUGGGCUGAUGGGCCUGGAUAUGUGACCCAAUGUCCAAUUCAACCUGGAGCCAGCUACACUCACAAAUUCAACAUCACUUGCCAAGAAGGGACUCUUUGGUGGCAUGCUCAUUCAUCUUGGCUCCGCGCAACUGUUUACGGUGCACUCAUUAUUCACCCGCGCGGUGGCCGUUCUUACCCGUAUGUCAAACCCUACAAGGAGUUCCCAAUUGUCUUAGGGGAAUGGUGGAAUGGCAACGUUGUUGACAUAGAGAAUGAAGCUCUCACCCUGGGAGCUGCGCCAAACGUUUCUAAUGCUUUCACCAUCAACGGCCAACCUGGCGAUCUCUACCCAUGUUCUACAAAACAUACCCAUAAGCUUAAGGUGGUGUCCGGUAAGACAUAUCUCCUGCGUAUAAUCAACGCGGCAUUGAAUAACCAGCUUUUCUUCAAGAUCGCCGACCACAACUUUACCGUCGUCGGCGUUGACGCCACCUACACUGAACCAUACUACACCGACGUCGUUGUGAUCGCACCCGGCCAAACAACCGAUAUCCUCUUCAAAGCCGAUCGAGCUCCGGGAACAUAUUAUAUGGCAGCUCACCCAUAUGCUAGUGCAUCAGGUGUAUCGUUCGAUAACACGACCACCACCGGCAUCAUCCAAUACGAGGGAGCCACAUCAUCAGUUCCCCAAAUGCCAAUCCUCCCACCUUUCAAUGACACAUCAACAGCCCACGAGUUCUAUAGCAACCUAACAAGUCUUAAGCAGGGCCCACACUGGAUCCACAUGCCACAACAUAUAGAUGAGCAUAUGUUUAUAACUGAGGGAUUGGGUCUCUCCCCAUGUGGAAACAAUGCCACUUGUGCGGGACCCAAUGGGUUGAGGUUAUCUGCUAGCAUGAACAACGCUUCAUUUCAAUUGCCAUCCAAGUUGUCCUUAUUGGAGGCACAUUAUAAUAAGGUGAGUGGGAUCUACACCGAGGAUUUUCCUAGUAAGCCACCUAUGGUAUUUGACUACACCAAUACAAGCCUUGGUUCCAAUAUGACAUUGCUAUUGACGGAGAAGGCAACACGUGUCAAGAAAUUGAAGUUUAAUGCGACGGUGCAGAUAGUGUUACAGAAUACGGCCUUACUUGGGAUAGAAAACCAUCCUAUUCACUUACAUGGUUUCAACUUCUUUGUAUUGGCUCAAGGGUUUGGAAACUAUAAUCGUAUCAAAGAUGCAAGAAAGUUCAAUUUGAUUAACCCACAACAGCGUAACACAAUCGCUGUUCCUGCUGGAGGUUGGGCUGUUAUCAGAUUCCAAGCCAAUAACCCAGGUGUAUGGUUUAUGCACUGCCAUCUCGACGUACACCUACCAUGGGGCUUAGCUACAGCAUUUGUUGUUGAGAACGGGCCCACGCUGUCGUCCACGCUUCCUCCUCCACCACUUGAUCUUCCUCAAUGUUAGAACUUGUAAUAGGAAAUCUUUAAACUCAUUCUUACUAUUAUUAUUUUGUCUUUUAUUUUUUGAUAACAAUUCUUACUAUUA